AUGUCCAAGAUGGUACAGAAUCAAAAGACUCCUUCUCAGCACAACUCUACAUUAUUCAUUUCGCCGCAAAUAACAAGCCGCCGACAAGACUUAUUGAUUACACCUCCCAAUCCAGUUGCAACAUUGUUUGAUAGCCCUGGAUCGAACCAUUCGCUGUUCUUUAACUUGGAUCGAGCUUCUCAACAACAUUUGAAUGACUCAGGAAACCAGCAACAGGGCCAGGAUGAAAUAGAACCAUUAACUCAAGCUGAAAAAUUGAGAUUAUGGAGACACGAUGCUUUGAUGCAACAUCAGUAUAAGGCUGCUGAGUUUAUAGGAGAUAAAGUUUUAGCUUUGACUGAAGACCCUAACGAUGCUUUUUGGCUAGCCCAGGUUUAUUUCAAUAGCGGUAACUUCUUACGUGCAAAGCAUUUAUUGACAGGAAAGCCUGAAUACGAAAAGUCAGUGAGUUGCCGCUAUUUAGCAGCUUUCUGCUUGGUCAAACUUGAACAAUGGGAUGAUGCCUUAGACUUAAUCGGGGAAACGAACCCCUUUAAAAAAGAUUCUAAUUACCAAGUCAAGAACAGCGAUGGAGGCAUAAAACUAGAAGCAUCUAUGUGUUACUUACGAGGCCAGAUUUACGCCAACCAAAAUAAUUUUGAUAAAGCAAAAGAAUGCUACAAGGAAGCCGUUCUAGUUGAUGUGAAAUGCUUUGAAGCUUUCGAUGAGCUUAUAAGUAAUAGCUUAAUGACGCCAAAUGAAGAAUGGGAAUUAAUUACAGCAUUGAAUUAUAGAAGUACAGAUGAUAAUGAUGAAUUUGUACGAGCUUUGUACACUUCAAGAGUGAGCAAAUAUUUGAAUACUGCAAAAUUUGAAGAAGUCGAAAAUAUCUUAAGAGAAGAUUUUGAGUUGGGUGAAAAUAGCGACAUCUUGUUAAGCAAGGCUGAUAAUCUUUACGUUCAGUGCAAUUUCGAUGAGUGUUUGGCGGUUUGCGAAAAAAUAUUGGCUAAAGACCCGUAUAAUUUUAAUGUAAUACCAAAUUAUUUAAGUUGUUUACACGAGUUGGGAGGGAAAAAUAAGUUGUUUUUAGUAGCUCAUCAGCUUGCGGACAAUCAUCCAACUAACCCAAUGACGUGGUUAGCUAUUGGAGUAUAUUAUUUGUCUAUUAAUAAGAUUAAUGAAGCAAGAAAGUAUUUCAGCAAAGCAACACUAUUGAACCCCAACUUUGGACAAGCGUGGAUAGGAUUUGCUCAUACUUUUGCAGCCGAAGGGGAACACGAGCAAGCAAUUAGUGCGUAUGCUUUUGCUGCUAGACUAUUUCCGGGUACUCAUUUGCCUAAUCUCUUUUUGGGAAUGCAAUACCUUCAGAUGAGUAAUUUGAAGUUAUCUGAAGAGUAUCUAUUGGCAUCUUACCAGAUCUGUAAAUUUGAUCCUUUGUUGUUGAACGAGAUAGGAGUUAUAAAUUUUCAUAAAAAUGAUCUACCUAAAGCGGAACUCUUUUUUCAAGAAGCUUUAGUAGCUGCUAAGCAUUUAAAUUCGGACUCAAAAACUUGGAUUUCGAUCCACGCCAAUUUGGGCCACGUCUACAGGCGCAGUAAUCAACCUUUCAAAGCUCUUGAAUGUUUCAACCAGGUUUUACGUGUUAGCAAUAAAAAUGACUCCAAUAUAUUGGCAGCCAUAGGAUUAAUAAACUUGAAGUUAGGAAAUUACUUUAGGGCCAUUGAUAUCCUUCAUGAUGCUUUAGCCAUAUCUCCUGGAGAUCCUGUGUCCUCCGAUUUGUUAAAAAGAGCCCUUGAAUCCAAUAAAGAUAAUAGUUCAUUCUUUUUAAAAGACAAAGCAGACAAAAUUGUGGAAUUGAAUUACCCUACGUUAGAAUAUAGGAGUAACAAUAAAAUCAGUUAUAAUUCAACGGAUUCUAAACGAUUGGCUAGUCCUUCAAAAAAUUCAAGGUUCAUGGGAGUUAAUGAAGAUCGAAUGGAAGCUGAUUUUAUUUCUGAUAUACCUGAUGUGCCCGUUAAUAUUGAUAGUAUUGCGAAUGAUUUAAAGAAAGGCGAAGCUUCAAGUGACGAGGACGAGGAAAUUAUGGAUGUAGAAUGUGUACAUAAUUUGUAG